AAAUUCAAUGAUUGUCGAAAGAUUCUUAAAUUUUAUGGUCUUUCAAAUAUUGGUGGUCAUGAUAUGUUGAUAUUUGAAUGGGCAAGCUUGGGUAGUUUAAAGAAUGUCUAUGAAAAGAAUCCCAAAAUUCCUUGGAAUUUAAAAGUGAAAAUUGCACAUGAUAUUUGUCUAGGUUUACUAUAUUUGAGUCACCAUGACAUUCUUCAUCGUGACAUUCGAUGUGAGAGCAUAAUGAUGACCUAUUAUAUGGAACCGAAGAUCACAAAUUUUCAUCUUGCCAAGCAUAUUUCAAAACUAGGACCAGAUAAUGAAGAUAAAAUCUCGGAUCAUAUUUUGGGUAUUAUCAAUUGGUCAGCACCUGAAAUGAUGCAAAUGAAUGCCAUAUAUACUAAAGAAUGUGAAGUUUUCAG